AUGGCGGAGCCUCAACAUGCAAAUGACACGCUAGCAAGGCAUCCCAACGGCACGCGUCGAUCCGGUACAACGUCGCAAACAAGCACGCUCAGCCGCGCACGCAGCAAACGCGCUUCCGAUGCCGGGGCCAUUCCCUCUGGCUCCAAGCAAAACGGAGGUGCAAGCCUCUCGUCCGCUGCGUUCCCGAUCGUCGAAAAGUCUAGUCCGUCUUCGGCGCCACAGAACAUUCCCCGCACCCCCCGUACUGCGAGCGAACCUGGUCUACGCUCUGUGUUAGAGAAAUCGGGCUUGGAAACGCCGAUGAACAACAAAGGCAAGAGAAAAGCGGAAGAGGUCGACAUCACACCCCCCGACCAACGCGCCCAUCACGCGACAUUCGUUAUCCCGACAGAGGGUCGUCGUUCUCACCACGUUUCCGAAGUUUCUCGCGCCCCCUCUUCUUUCGCCGGUCGCAAGCGUGCUCGUCUCUCAAGCCAGUCUCCUUCCUCAACCCCCUCCCGCUCGCAGUCUCAAACCCGCCCCUCGUCGGCCACCCGUCACCUCACCGACUCCUGGCCCAGCCGCACCAGCAUCCCCGCCCCAAGUCUUCACCGUGCCCUUUCCAAGACUGCGUCGAUGCGCUCUGGUCGUCCCGACUCGAGGCGAUCUGGAGCCCCUGACCUAGCCAACGGUUAUCGUCAAGCGGAGUCGCGUCGCAGCAUGUCAGAACUCUCGUUCCCCAUCUCUGCGCUCGUCGCCCCACACGCUCCUUCAGUCAGUGUACGUUCUGGAGGUUACUAUAUGCGCGAUCCCCGCAAGCCUCCGCGCGUUCAAGCCACUGGAUGGACGCUUCGCUUCAACUCCCGUGAAGAACAAGGAUCGCCUCUGCACGCGUGGGCCUUUUUCAUCGGCUUCGUCCUCUUCCCUCUCUGGUGGAUCGCAAGUUUCUGGCGAAUCCCACAGACCAGGAGGGUCGGUGGGACGGACACGGAGAAAGCAGUCACAUUGGAUGAUCCCCAGGUCGAACAUGACGCGAGAUCCUGGAGAACACGGUGUCGCGUCAUGUUGGUCGUCUCUCUCCUCACCUACAUUCCCUUCAUCGUCCUUCUCGUCGUCUUCGUCCCCCGCGGUUGA